UUAACUCUUCUUGGAUAUCGACUUUCCAAGCUGGGGGAUUUAAUAAUAUAUGUUUGAUUGUUCCAGAUCAGCGUAUCCCCUGGGACUUCCGGAGGAGUUUGCCUUUGUGUCCGUGCUGCGAAUGAGUGGCAGCACCAUCGAUAAGAAGUGGAAUAUCUGGCAGAUGCAGGAUGUGAACGGUAACGAGCAGCUGUCCGUCAGACUCAACGGGGAGUCCAAGGCUCUGGAGUUUACCUUCCCGGUGCAGGGCAGCAGGAGGCAGACUGUCGUUUUCAGCGACGCGUCUUCUCUUUUCAACGACCAAUGGCACACAGUCCUGCUCAACGUCAGCACGCGCUCUGUCACCCUGUUCGUGGACUGCGUCAUGGUCGGUUCUCAAACUGUGCAGCCGCGACAAAAAGUCAGACUGGAUGGCUUCACGUUGAUUGGGAAGCUCAAGGACAACCCAGUGGUGCCAGUUCCGUUUGAACUCCAGUCGAUGAUGAUUCACUGUGACGUGACGCGAGCCCGGGCGGACGUUUGUCGUGAUCUCCCAGCCAGGACAUCGACGGAUGUGACCGAGGUGCAGAGGAGUCAAGGACCUGCUGGCCCUCCUGGACCUGCAGGUGUCCCGGGAAUUGAUGGCGUUGCUGGGGAAAGAGGAGACGAUGGCGAGGAGGGUCUUCCUGGGCCUGAUGGAGAUGCGGGUAAACUGGGCUCUUCGGGACUACCUGGAAUUCCCGGGAACGAUGGUCUGACCGGCCCUAUUGGAGACCCCGGACCCGACGGCCCCCUCGGACAGAAAGGGGAACCUGGAAAAUCUGGACCUCGUGGAGCAGCUGGUGUUGGGCAAGAUGGACCCCCGGGACCACCCGGGUCUGGAGGACUUACAGGAGAAGGUGGAAAAGGUGGACCACCUGGGGCCAUGGGUGUGAGAGGACCACAAGGACCUCGCGGAACAACAGGGCCCCGAGGUGCAGCUGGAAUGCUGGGCAGUGCCGACCUGUGUACAAACUCAUGUCCACCUGGGACUCCUGGACAUCCUGGCCUUCCUGGCAUGAAGGGCCACAAAGGUGUAAAAGGUGAAGCAGGGGAACCUGGGAAACAAGGGCACAAGGGCGAGGAGGGAGACCAGGGAAGUCCAGGGGAGGUCGGAUCCCAGGGACCAAUGGGUCCUCAGGGAAUACGUGGAGCCACAGGAAUGAUGGGUUCCAAAGGAGAGCUGGGAGCUCGAGGUCUGGACGGAGAGCCUGGUCCUCAGGGUGUUGCCGGGGCAACUGGAGAUCAAGGCCAGAGGGGCGUGAUGGGUGAGCCGGGGCCUAAAGGUGAACUGGGCGUUCUAGGGGCAAGAGGGAUCACCGGUCUGCCAGGUCCCAAGGGAGACGCUGGGUUGCCGGGCGUGGAUGGUCGUGAGGGUAUUCCUGGGAUGCCUGGAGCAAAGGGAGGCAUUGGGAAGGCAGGCGUUCCUGGAGAGGUUGGACUUCAGGGGCUUCCUGGUUUGCCUGGUUCACCCGGACCGAAAGGCUUGAGCGGCUCUAAGGGAGAUGUUGGUCAGUUGGGCCUUUCUGGAACAAUGGGAUCUGCCGGCAAAACAGGUGAGCGUGGAGAGCAGGGAGAGGUGGGACCUGUGGGACCCAUCGGUGAAUCUGGAGAUAUUGGAGUGAAAGGCCCCUUAGGUCCAGCCGGAAAGCCAGGUGCAAGGGGACCUAAAGGUGACCCCGGCCUGCCUGGUCUCCCUGGUCCUCAUGGUCUGCCCGGGAUGAAAGGAGAGAGGGGAGAGCGUGGAGAAGCAGGACCUAGAGGAGAGCAGGGAGUUCAAGGUGAUGAAGGAAAUCCUGGCGACAAAGGGGAAUUUGGUGAGACCGGAGAAGCUGGAGCUAAAGGAGAGGUCGGUAACCCUGGAGAGCCUGGUAGACGGGGCCCGGAGGGAAGUCGAGGGCAGCCUGGCAUCGAGGGGCCACCCGGCUCACCUGGACCACGGGGCAUGCAGGGGAACAGGGGAGCAACCGGAGUUAGAGGGACCCAGGGUCCCGCGGGAAAAGAGCCGAGUGAUCAACACAUCAAACAAGUUUGCAUGCGAGUUAUGCAAGAACAACUGGCUCAGUUAGCUGCUAGUUUAAGGAGACCUGAGUCUGGCGUGGCUGGUUUACCUGGAAAACCUGGACUUCCAGGACCUCCUGGGGCACCGGGAGACAAUGGCUUCCCUGGGCAGUCUGGAAUAAGAGGACUCCCAGGACUCAAAGGGCCGCCAGGAGCUUUGGGAGUGAAAGGACCCAAAGGUGAAAUUGGAGACAGGGGUUCCAGAGGGCCCACUGCACGAGGACCUAAAGGUCAGCCAGGAGCUCCUGGACUUCCUGGUGAGCCGGGCAAACCGGGCUACGGUCAGGAUGGUCGGGACGGACAGAGGGGACCCCCAGGUACUCACGGGCUGCCAGGUGUACCCGGUCCUCCCGGAUCAGCUGGUCCUAAUGGUUACUGCGACCCGUCAGCCUGCAACCUCCAGGCAGGAGCCGCCCACCAGUCUCUGGAUGUGAAGGGACCUGCAGGGAACUAGGAGACACUGUGGCAGAGACAGACAGACUGUUUGAUUAGCUCCCCCCGAGCACACAACAUUUUUUCACACCGUCUUCCAAAGGGCUGCUGGUUGCUGUGGUGUCUUCAAUCCAUUAACCUCUAGUCCUGUGAGCAUGUUUUUGUGCAAGCCACACGUCCAUCAGAAGGAGCCAGCAUCUUCGAGUUUUGGAAAAACACAAAACAUUGUGCUUUUAUACACUGCAAAACUCUAGCUGGUUCCAGUGUGUUUUUCUUACCUGAGAGAUGUUUGAUACUUUCAAGACAGUGCUCUUCCUGUUUUUAAGACAAUAUGAAAUGACCAGAAAUGUUUAUUUAUCCCACCCUCAUGUUCCUCUGUCUGCAUUUCUUCUCAUUUUCUCCUCCCAAACUGUUUUCUUAAUUUAAAACUCCAAAAAAGACAUUUACAAUAACGACUCAAAGUAAAUCAGAGUCGUCAAAGGACUUUUUAAAUUGAUCUCGCUAACGUACCAAAGAUAAACCUGAUGACACCUCACUUUGUUUUGAUUGUUUUUGUACAUGUCAACACGUCCAGCAGUUCUAAAAAAAAAAAAAGGAGGGAGGAUGAAAUGUCACAAGUCACACUGACUUCAGUUUAUGUUGUAAAUCUGUAAAAAAAAAAAUAAAAGUGUUGAAUUGUGGUUAAUUAUAUUUCCUACAAAACCA